GUACGUAGCCAAGCGUGCUAAUCGGAUGUGCGGGGGAAGGACAACAUACUAAACGCAAAAAGCAGUUCUAAAGUAUGUAGGCGAAGCGAAGGCUUUAUUCGGUAUUACCUAGUUGAAUGUAGGGAUGUUUAUUAUCCGUCCCCGCAACUCCGAUCACCUCGGUUGGCUACGUACGGUGCGAAAGAAGUUCAACAUAUUUACAUACGCCAUCCCCUUUGUCAAUAUCCAGCUGGAUAAGUAAGGGCCUUCGCACGACAUGUAGGUCCUGGGGUAUUUUUGACCACGUGUUAUGCCGCUGGUCAGUGUGGGUUGGUGAAGGUGGGAGAUCGGGUACAUUUUGAGUGAUUUGGUUAGCAGCGGCCUCUGAAUUAGUUGUGUUCGUGACUCGCUGCACGGGACUUAGAGGCGUGAGCAUGUAACGAUGCAUUCGUUGUUUUAUUUCCUUGUUCAUCCAGGUAAUGUUCCAUGGAAACUCGAAGCAUCUUUUGCAAGAUUGUGGAGAGGUUUCUGAGUCGGGACGUCAACUACUUGAUCACCAGCCGCAGGGAGGUUGUGACAGACAGCAGUGGUCGGCCUGCUGCUGUUGCUGCUGUUACUGCUGCUGCGCCGCUCGGAGGGCCACUGACUCCCUCCAGCACAAGCUCCACGCUUGGCCUGGGAAAGACCGGCAGUGCUGCCGCGAGCUUGGCAGUCACUGUGACAACGCCGGUCACGUCUGGUGGCCCGACAGCUAUAAUCGGCGCGCCCAAUGACGAGAGGCCUACCUCCAGCUCUACGAUGCAGAGGACUCAAACGGCGCAGGCCCGGACCACUAAACAUUGCGCUUUCAUCGCGCGGCCCACGAAGGAAGCGCCUGAAACCGGCGCCGCUGCGGGAAGCAAGCAGCGGCAGUGCGCCGGAGUGCUGAAUCGCUUUGUCGCAGCCGUGAAGUUGGGAGGGAGGUCUCAGCCCGCACCGCAGCUCAGGAACGGGUGUCGGGCAGGUGUCGAGGGCAGUGAUGCGAAACCAUCUGUCACGGCCUCACAGCAGCAGCAGCAGCAACAACACAAACAGCAGCUGGUGCUGCAACAGCAGAAAAAGCUUCAUCUACCGGCACUGCUCGUGAGCCGUGGAAAGAAGUUGGUACAGAAAGCCAUGAAGACACAGGAAAAUGUAGGCGCCGACCUGCUUGCCAAUGCUCGCUCCUGGGGCGUGAAGAUCAUACACAUGGAUGCUGCCCUCAAGUACCUGGAGAAGAAGAGAUGCGAGGCUGGGAACCCCCCACCGCCAGGGCCCCAUGUCCAGCCUGCACCUCAGCCUGGCAGUGCCACACACAAGCACAUUAGCAGUAUUAAACUGCAAAAGCCAUUCAUCAAGGUGGAAGACUGUAGUCAGCACUAUCGCCCAAUGUUCGUGCAGCUGGGCUGCUUCCCGUGGAUAAACACUGCAUCGCCGCGUGGCAACUGCCCCUUCGAGCUUGAGAUCCUCCCAGCUGGGCCCUCCCAGCAGCAACUGCAGGAGCAGAAACAGCAGCAGGAACUGAAAAUUAAGCAGCAGAAGCAGCAACAGCAGGACCAACAGCAGCUGCUCGUCAUGGAAAACAAAAGAGCCGAGACUAAUGCUCACACGAAGGCGGCAGACAAGCCGAGUGCGCGUGACGGAGGCUGCAAGAGAACGGGAGGCCCCGCUCAGGGUCCGCCCUGCCGGCCCAAGCAUGGCUACUGCGAGUGCUGCUGCCUCACCUUCCAGCAAAUGCAGUCGCAUAUGCAAAACGAAGGCCAUCGGUCCUUUGCCUUGGACGAUACAAACUACGUGGAGCUCGACGCUAUAAUCCGCCAGCUGGAGAUGAGGAGCUCUGCCAGUCCCACAGCAACGCUCGGCAGCAUUCAUCCCGAGUCUUCAAGGCCAAGGCAGGUGUAUCAGCAGGAAAGAAGUCGACCUUCUCAUCGUGCAGACACUGGGGCGGCCUUGAUGGCCACCUUGCAUGGCAGUGGUGGUGGUGGUGGAAGUAAGGGCAAUAGAGCUGCUGGCAUCGGAAGCAGUGAAAGAAAAUGUGAUAUAGGUGGUAGAGGUGAAGGUGGCAUCAGUGGCGAUGGAAGCAAAUGUGGUGGUGAUUCUGGCCUCUCCCAAACGCGACCUUGUGCUACCAGCAUAGAGGCCACUAACACUGCCUGUGUAGGAAGGACCGGGAGUUUCAGCCGUGCCUCCUUUGCCACGAAGCUGCCAAACGAUGUCAUGCCAUUGUUGUCCCCAUGCACUGCGGCAGAGAGCUUCUCUAUGCUGUCCCAUAAUAAUCUGGAACCACCUCGGCUCCGAGCAGAGAGGGUUUCAGCUUUCGCCAAUGCGGCCACGUCACGCCAGUCACCAGUGGCCAAGUGUUUGUCAAAAGCCAAGAAGCGCAAAGCGAAAUUAACUGCGGAACUUCCGCCAUCCAAAGUGGCCAGGCUUGAUCACUCUGAGAGAGGGGAAGGAGGGAUUGUGAUGUCGACCUGGAACUCCGCAGCCGGCGACAUGGAAUGCACAGCAGCGGAUGCUGACUACUCACACGGGAUCAGGGGCUGUGCAGAUGGUGGGGAAGCGCUUGGCCACUCCAUGCCCACCGCAGGUGCUGCUCCCAUACGGCAGGCAGACGAUGUUAAUGUUUUGCAAGUCACUGAUGGAACAGUAGAUCGAACUUGGCUCAACAGCACUGAGGUACAAGCGGAGGCCCCCUGGUGGGAGAGGAAUUCAGCAUUGGAGGCGACAGAUGAGGGCGCAAUACCACUUUACCUCCAGCUGCUCCAGAUUUUCCGGACGAGUGAGAUGGACUCCUUUGAGGGAUUCCAUUUGGAUGGUGACGAGGUACAGGAGCAGCAGGAGAAGCAGGUUGCGGAGAGCACAGGCUCCCACGAGGACAAGCAAGGAGGACUGACGCUGCACAUCGCCCAGGACAGCAGGGAUGAGCAAGACGGUACUCGCUACAUAGGCAGUGGCCUCCCAGGAGAUGCAGCUGAACACAACAGCCCAGCUGAUAGCACAGCAAGGGCGAGCACACGAAACAGAACUCCGACGGAAGCCAGCAGCAAAACUGCUGGGUUGCCCGAGCAACCCAGCAGUGGCCAAUCUGGUUCCAGAUGUUCAGCCCCCACAGUACAGAUGACUUCACGUGGAGAUGUAAAUCAACUCCAGGGCAUCGCAGUCUCUUCAAAGAGCAGCUCUGAAUGGGACCCGCUGCUCCCUUCACAAGGGAAGCAGCGAAAGGUGGUGAACGGCGCGUAUGAUAACCUGCGCAACGUGUGCGUGGACGUGACCGAUAUGGACUAUCAGGCACACCUGGAGGCCGUGCUAGGGGCCAACCUCAACCCCAAGUGACGUCUGUACCCGCAUACUCGCGCAACCUUGGCCAGAGAGGCUCACCAUACUCUACAGUGCUGCCUGGAUGCAGUAGAGCAGGGGGUGGGUAACCUGAGGGCCGAAUAGGACGUUUUAGAUAUGUUUGGCGGGCCACAUUAACACACACCUCAGUCACUUCUCUCACUGAAAGAGGCACUUGCAGUUACAGAAAUAACUUGAGUGCAUUCAAAUAACCAGUGGUGAAAAAUAUUUUAAUCUAGUACCCUAUUAAUUUGGCUAUGGUAGCGAUGGAUAAAAUAUCGUCCGUGGCCAGUUUCAAACUGGUAGGCUUCAACGUGGCCGUGUGCUGUAUGAAAUAAAGUUGCGAGCCGUAUCCGACCUACAGGUCGUAGAUUCCGCACCCUUUCGCCCCCUUAAAUUCACUGUCACGUUACAAUGGAGGGGUGUUUUGUGACAGGGGAUCCUCAGAGGAGCGGUCUUAUGCCUUAAAGAUGCAACCCAUAAAAUGAAUAGCCCUUGGUAGAUGCACUUGGGCAGUUUCCCACGCCGUCUGAUACAUUGUCGUUGAUGAAAUAAAAAAUAUAAAUCACAGGUGUGCUCUAGUGACACACUUUGGCAUCGCUUUUGUUAUAGCAUAAUUAUUUUUCCUAACAAAGUUUUAAAACUCGUGUUGGACAGUCCAGGAAACAACACAGGAAUGUAUCUACAAGGGAUAUUUAUUUUGGGUUGUCUUUAAUGAGCGAUGGCACAAACCAGCAUUAAAUUCUAGCGGCGUUUAUGCAGUCAGAAGCAGUACCUCAGCGGUUUGAUGUUGCCAAUUGUGUGAUGUGAAGCGUGCCGAGUUUGCUGUUGCAUUUUCCGCAGACGGUGGAAAUGUCGGUGCUAUUUGUUUGUGCUUCUCGUCCUGAAUGAUGAGUGCCUUUACCUUCUGCUGAUUGGUUUACAUUAUAUACGCGUGAUGUUGGGCGAGGGACAGAUUCCUGUGGACGUGUGUCCACCAGAGCCAAACCGUGUUUACUUUAAUGAAGUGUGGUGUAGUUUAGCGGCUGCCAAGCACAGCUGCUUUUGGCAACAUGCAUCAAUAUAUUUGAAUGGAUGUAACAGACACAUGCUUCAAUUGUAAUCUAAAAGUACACAAUGGGACUUUCAGGAGGAAUUUAUUUUAAUGAAGUGACAAGUCAUUGACAUUUUCUUCUCACAAGUACCUCCUGAUGGCAGACUUAGCCCAUUCAUAUCACCAUGUAGGUUUUUAGCAGUGAAUUAAAACACGUUUAACUUACAUGUUGUUUGAGUUAGCAUGCAUACAUACGAUCGCAGAUCACCAGUGUCCUAUCGUCAUUGGUCAUCCUUUUAGUUUUAACAGCUCAUGGGUCAAUGCCAGAAGGCAGUGGCUUCUGCCAAGGCUUUACCCCAUUGCUGCAAUGUGACGAAAUAAUAAAGAGCAUCUCCGCAGGAGUGAGGGUUCAUCUCAACGUGGCGUCCACAAAUGCCUAGUUGUGCGAGAAUUGUGCCUAAUUGAAUCCACGUCCGCGCUGGAGGCACUCAAGUUGUGCUCAUUAAUUCACCUAGACCUGCCGCUCACUCGGCAAUAACAUUAUUACUGGCACGUCGUGUUGCAAGCAAAAAAAUAGCCAUUUUCCAGUAUUGAUGACAUUCUCAAAACUUUGGCGGCUUGGAUAAAUCACAUUCGUCAAAAUGUGAAUGUCCGUCAUUUAUCGUAAUGAGAAGCACUUAACCCAUACAUGUCACGUCACAGUGCCUGGAGUUGAUAUAUAUGACUUGGGAUUAUUUGCAUUUUGGUCUUCGUGAUUUUCUAAGUUUCUUAAGCGCCGAAACUCACGACAGUGUCGUCCUGUGAAUCUCAGGUAAUAUAUUAACUACAAAACCUCUCUACCUCUGCUGGCUACCACAACCACCAUUCGUGAAACCAGUGAUGUGCAGUUUACUUUCGGGUUUGGUAGUUACACUUGUUAGGCUGCUGCAGUUCCCCCAGUUUUGAGCCCACAACCGAAUAAACGACUUUAUUUUGUAAGGUACAUACACCAAGAGUUGUGUCCCAGGCUGUCUUACACACAUUUGAAGCAUAUUUAAUGGAAGACGGUGAUGAAAGAUUAGGAUUAAGGAAGUGUGUAAAUUACCGAGAUUGUCAAUAUAUUUUCAAGACUUACAGUGAUGGUCAGGGAAAGUUAUUUUGAUGCCAAUCAGUUGUCACCAUUCCAUACCGUCAUCUAGUGAUGUCACUACAUUGCUCCUGACUAAAUUUAAAUGUAUUUUUCUUUCUAAGUUUCAAGCCGAUCCAUGCUAGCAAAUCGUUUUUCAUUUGUGCCUUCCUUUAACUAGCAUAGGUGCAUUUAUACCUGUGCACCCACAGCAAUUCUGGAAUGGGAUAAGAGUUAAACAAAGAGCCACUAACCAGAACCAGUCUCAGCCCCGAGGCCAGAGCAGAAACUCAACCACCUAAAGUAGUAAAAGUUUAGAAGCACCGAUUUAUGUGGCCAGUGAGUGAAUUACAUAACCUACUCCGUUUCAAAUGGUUAUCAGAAAAUUUACCAUUAUCCACAUUCGGAAAUUGGAACCACUACAUUUAUGCCACCCCAAGGGGUACUUGGCAAGUGAAAUGUCUGGGCUCAUGAUGAGGCUGUACCAGCACUGCUUGCAGCCUCAAUUGGCAGAGCAGUGAAACAAAUCUCGUUGAGGGCUAGAGGCUGCCCACAGGAAACUCAGCUGCUGCAACAAUCACAUCGGUCGAUACAAAAAAAUGACCAAAUAAAAAGUAUGUACAAGUUUAAAUUGUAUUUUAUAUGAAAGUUUGUAUUAUUUCAUUGUUUUUACUAUUGUGACCCAAAAUGAUAAUUGGUAGUUUUGUGGCGAACAUACUGUAUAACAAAUUUCCUAUCUGGAUUCCUGUCUGCCGCUCAAGUGUGCGGUAGUGACGUCGCCUAACUCCCAGUGUUGAGGUGGGUUCGUGCGCUCUGCAUGCCACCCCUCACUUUAAACUUCUGGCAUUUCACCAGCAUUGGUUCAAGCAUAACUGCUGAGACACGUUAUGUCAAAACCAGUUGCUUGCUCAUGUUGACCCAAUGAUGCUGAAAUGAAUAACUCCCAUAAAGCAAUGUGGCUGACACAAUGUGUAGACAUGGGAAAGAGGCAUAUUUUCUGCUUAUCCAAUGUGCAAAUUAAAUGACAUCAGAAUUGGUUGCCUACUUUUUAAAUGUAAUUAGUUCAGCUCUGCCACAUGUUGGUGCCUUGUGCAGCCUCAGUCCUUAAAUGUACAGAGACUAUUUACGAACAUUCGACUUAUGAACUUUCAGAGAUACGAACAAACCUGUCCAUAUGUCCAGUUGCCUGUUCGGGCCGAGAAUCUUAAGUUAAACCGCCGCGAAAUAGAUGGUGGUGGCGGCAUCUACAGGAGAUUAUACAACUUUUAAAGUCGUUCUCCGUGUUUACUGUACAUGCCGUUCAUGUUUGAAAUCGACAGGAGUAACAUUUGACUUGCUAACAAAUCCACUUACGAACAGACCUCUGGAACCUAAAUUGUUCGUAAGUAGAGGAGUCCCUGUAAUUUUAUAACUCAAAAGAAUUACUGUAGUCCCUUAGUUUAGCAUCGUCUCCGUUUGAGUGAUAAUUUAUCCAGAAAAGCCUCACCGAGUCUGACUUUCAGGAGGUACCUGCGAAGUUGUAGGUUGGGGACAAUUGCGACGUCCAUUCUAAUCGAGUGCAAUGAGAGCCAUCUGCUGUAAAAUAGCUGAUGCAUGGUUUCAUGUAGCAGAGGCUUUAGAUCAACGGUGUCACGAGGUGGGGGGAGAACAUGCGUAGACAAAACAUGAUCUAUAGUGAGGGAUAAUUGGUCGCCUGUUGGCCACAUUGACAUCGGUGUGGUUUCCCCUCGCCUUCAUUCAACACGUGAUCCUUAUGGCGGUACCCUGGGGUACCAAAUAAUACAAAAUGGCCGAGGCAAUUACAUAUUUUAUUUCUUGGACACUUUUUUCCAGGGGUGUACUUAACUCCGCGACUGGGGUACCAAUCAAUCCGAAAUCAGUGCUACACAGCGAGGACGAUUGCGCUGAAACCCUGAAUGCUCGUACGCACCAUGGUGGUGCAUCGUGUACAGCUCGUCGAGAUGAGUCGAUUGCCGCAUUGCCGACCAUCAACAGACUAAAAAUGACUGCAUCACGGACAUCAUGCGAGAGUAUGGUACCCCAGGGUAACGCCAUAAGGUUCACUUGCUGCUGACAAGGCGUGCAGCCCAAGCUGAUUAAUUGAAAUGUUCCCUGAAAAAUUGAGCUUUUGAGUCUUAUUGAAUGUCUGUAAAUAUAUUUUCUUGCUAUUUCUACGUGUACAGUUGUAAUUAAAGUUAUUUAUUUUUUGUG